GUCACGACGUCGUCUUUUUCGGCUACUAUUAAUGGGAUUUACGUCGCCGUGAAUAUCCGCCUUCAAAUCAUGAGGCGCCUAACUACUGGGUCUUCUCUUUGCUCAGCAACCUAGUUGCCUGUUGCUGUACAAUAUUUGGUGGAAGCGCAAGGCUCGAUUGAUGCUUGUCGGCACAACAUGCUGCAUCAUUUGAUGGUUGGCACAUGGACUCCUCCGGGCGCCAUCUUCACAUUCGAAUUCGAUGAUGAGAAACUCACCUUGAAGCUUGUCAAGAAGACUGUCAUACCGCAUGAUGAGCCUAUAUCAUGGAUGACCUUCAGUCAUACCAAAAAGACCAUAUAUGGCGCCGCCUUGAAGAAAUGGUCAAGCUUCACCGUCAAGAGUCCGACAGAGAUUGUACACAAUGGGUCCUUUCCGAUGGAUCAUGAUCCUCGAGCAUCCCAAGCAGACACCAGAACUCGUGCCAUCUUUGUUCUUGCAGCAAAGAAGCCUCCAUACAACGUCUACGGCAACCCAUUCUACGAAUAUGCCGGACACGGGAACGUAUUCUCAGUCACCGAUGAGGGAGCCUUAAAGGAGAAUGUGCAGAAUUACGAAUACAAUGAGCGUGCAGCCAUCCACGGCAUGGUCUUUGACUCACGCGAAGAGUACAUGUAUUCCGCAGACAUGUGGGACAACAAGAUCUGGACGCAUAAGAAGAACCCAGAGACCGGCCAUUUGCACACGGUCGGCAGUGUCAAUGCCCCUGCCUCAAAUGAUCACCCCAGAUGGGUUGCUCUUCAUCCAAAAGACACGUAUCUGUACGCCCUCAUGGAAUCUGGCAAUCGUCUGGGCGUAUAUGUCAUAGACGAACAGUCUCAUCUGCCGAUAUUCACGUACAUCACGUACCCCCUGCUACCACCUGGAAUGGACAGGUCUUUCCCAAAGAUGUAUCGAUCAGACGUCGUGUUCUUGUCACAUAGUGCCAAGUAUCUCUUUGCUACUGCACGAUCCAAUAGCGCCUCACUUACUGGGUAUAUCUCCGUGUUCGAGCUUGGUCCGUCCGGUAACAUUGUGCGCCAUAUAUGUAUGAAUCCUACACCAACUAGUGGAGGCCACUCCAAUGCGAUCAGUCCAUGCGAUUGGAGCGACGAAUGGUAUGCGCUUACCGAUGACGAAAAGGGUUUCAUUGAGAUAUAUCGCUGGAACGAAGGGUUUCUGGGAAGGGUCGCACAUUGCGAUGUUCCAGAGCCAGGCUUUGGGAUGAAUGCAAUUUGGUAUGAUUAGGCAAGAAAGCUGCAUAGACGGAGAUAGACGGCAUGUAUACGAAACAGAAAGAUGUCAUUAUCCGAGUCGCGAGAACGUGCACAUCUCACCCAAUGUGGCCGCCACCAACCAGCCGCCCUAAAUGCCGAAGCCAGGGGCCGGGGUCUUCUCCGGACCUUAGCGUUAGCCUAGCGCAACUCCCCACAUCUAGCCCAGCUUACCCUUACCCUCCUCUUCCCGUCCCCACCGUCAGGCCUCAGA